GGUGCUCUCCACCCACUUCUCGAUCCGAUCGCCGUUUCCUCUUACCUUUGUCACUACUUAUAGCAACGAUGUGUAGCAUGGAGUGCUUCGGCGACCAGUACAGGGGCUGCGGGCACUACGUUCGCGUGUAUCAGACUGGUAUAACCUACGACUGCAAACAACCACAAUGUAAACUGAGCUCAGCCCACAUGCACAAGACGGCCCGGAACUGUGGCUGCAACACGGAGUACGCAGAUCACCGCAGGGUGCAGAAUCUCUUUCAGACCAAGUGCGAGGCGUGCCAGAUCUACGAGGAAGAGCUGCGCGCUGCCGAAUUCCGAAAGCUCGGACGCCACCGACAGUAA